UUGCUCCGCCUUCUCAUAAACAUCCACUAAGACCCAGAGAGAGGACACCAAGGAAAUAUGUCUCUUUCCAAACUAAUAAAUCCUCAAAGGACUUUAAAUCAGGGCUCACUUUAGUUUCUCAUCAAGAGUUCUUCUGUUGUAGAUGCGUCUGCAGUACCGAAGCGUACCCAUGCCGCCUGCGGCACUGUAGCUUCAAUGCCGUAAAACAACAACACGUGGAUGUAUCCAGUUACAAACCGGCGUUAUUAUUGAUUACAGAGCCACUGGCGUUAACGAGGAAAUCAAUAUGGAUUACCUGCCGGAUCACAACUCCAGGUAUAAAGACGUUGACUACUGGGAUGAAAGAUACAAGACAGAGCAGUGUUAUGACUGGUUGGGCUGCUUCUCCAAAUUCCAGCACCUUCUGGAAAACUACGUCAAGAAAGAAGACUCUAUUCUGAUUCUUGGUUGUGGAAACAGCAGUAUGAGUGGCGACAUGUACAGUGCCGGGUACCACUCCAUCACCAACAUAGACUACUCCUCAGUGUGCAUCAGUUCAAUGAGUGCCAGGUACAGCGACUGUCCGAGUAUGACCUGGCAUCAGAUGGACGUGAGCCAGCUCUCCUUCCCUGAUGCGUCCUUCGAUGUCAUCCUAGAGAAGGCCACGCUGGACUCCAUCAUGGUGGAAGAGAAGACACCGUGGGAGGUGUCCCCUCAGACCGCCUGUUUCAUUCACAAGGCACUCACAGAGAUUAGUCGCUGCUUGAAGCCUGGAGGACGGUUUGUCUCUGUAACCUUUGCCAACCCCCUCUUCCGGAAACGCCUCUAUGCUCGCACAGAGUACAACUGGUCAAUUAAGAAGUACAGUUAUGGAGAAGGCUUUCAAUAUUUUGUGUAUGUAAUGACCAAAGGAGAGGAGCUUAGCCCAGAAGAUGCAGCUCUUGAGAAAAAGCUACGGGAAGACACCAAAUCCCCACCUACCACAAUCACCACAACACAAAAUGAGGAUAAGGAAGACUACCUGUCUAAUAUUGACUUGUAAA